CCGUCCACAGUCAAAAUAGGCACAGCAAGUUUCCAGAUCAGGUCCGUUUCUUGCCCAGUAUGGAACUCAAUACACUUCACAUUAUAGAUGAGGAGCUGACAAAGAGUGAAGUGGCUGCCUUAAAGUUUCUGUGCUCAGAUGUUAUUUCUCGCAAGCGUCUGGAGAACGUGAAGGAUGCCAAGGACCUGUUCCUGCGUCUGAGAGAACAGGCCCUGCUGGAUGAUCCUCGCUUCCUUGCUGAGUUGCUUUAUACCAUCCGUCGCAAUGACCUGCUGACAUUUCUGGGCACCAAUAAAAGAGAGGUCAACAGGUGGCUUGCGAUUUCUCCGUACAGGAAGAUGCUGUAUAAACUGUCUGAAGAUGUAACGGCUGAAAAUCUGCGUGCCAUAAAGUUCCUUUUGGAUGGGUUGCCCAAAGCAAAGCUGCAGGACGCUACAUUUUUGGAUGUUGUAACUGAGAUGGAGAAGUCCCAUUUGCUGACAAACGAUGGCCUGGAUGAACUGGUAGAGGUACUGGAUAAAUGUGACAAACAGCUGGCCAACCAGGUCCGGGAAUUCCAGAGGGAACAAGAUUACAAUUCAGUUCCAGUGUAUGUCAGUCAACCUGAAGAAGCAGAACCUAUGGAAACGAUUUCUAAUUUCUCCAUAGCAGAGACCUCACCAGGGGUUCCAGAUAGCCUGGCUGAAGAGGCAGUAAUGACUGAUGCACAGGAAGCCCCAGCCACAGUAGAGACACCAGAAGAGGGGGAGGAAUUUUAUUCCCUGAAACGGCGGCCUCGUGGAUAUUGCCUGAUCUUUAACAACUAUGAUUUUGGAAAGUCACGUGUAUCCUCAAAAGGUCUCAAUGACCGAGCUGGGACACAUAAAGAUGCUGAUGAACUUGGACGAAUAUUCUCCAUGCUGCAUUUUCUGCCAGUGGAGAAGACCGAUCUGCCUGCCUCAGAAAUGCUGAGAACAAUGAAGGAGUUUGCAGAAAAGGACCACUCUGAAAUGGACGCAUUUGUCUGCUGUAUCCUCUCUCAUGGAAAUAAGGGAACAGUCAUGGGUGCUGACGGAGAGCCGGUUCAGAUUCGUGACCUCACUCUAGCAUUCGCCCAUUGCCAGACACUGUUAAAGAAGCCAAAAGUUUUCUUCAUCCAGGCCUGUCAGGGCGAACAAUACCAAAAGUCUGCGCGUGUUCAGGCAGAUGGUGAUGAUGAGGACGAGGAAAGUGAGGAGGAGCUUGAAGAGGAUGCCCAGAGCGUUCAGCUGCCCAGUAUUCCUAUUGAAGCUGAUUUCUUAAUUGGAAUGGCAACGGUGGAGUCCUACAAGUCUUUCCGCCAUACCACCGCAGGCUCUAUUUACAUCCAGGAGCUCUGCAGGCAGCUGGAGAACAGCCUGCAUAGGAAAGAAGAUAUUCUUUCAAUCCUGACGAAAGUGAACCGAAAAGUGAGCAUCCAGGUUUUAAAUGGCCACAAGCAGAUGCCCGAGCCUCGCUACACCCUGACCAAGAAACUGGUCUUUAGCCUGGACUGAAUCACCUGGAAAGAGUCUGUGCAAGGUUAUCACUGAUUCUCAGCAUUCAGUUCUCAGCUGCACGGAGAUGCUGUGGAUGAAUUAGGAUGUGAACUUGCUUGUAUGUCCUAAUGAAUGUCUAUGUUUGUAUGAAUAGUAAAAUUAUGAAAGAAUGAGUGUAUGAAACAAGUGCGUCUGAAUGGUCAACUAAAAGACAGAUUUUGUUUUGUAUAAUCUAACAAUGUAAAUACAGCAUGUCGGAAUUUCAAAGAAUGGUGCAAUUAAUAGAUCCUUAGAUAGCUUUUAAAUACAAUAUUUUCAUACUUUUAUAUUGACAGAUUUAAUUUUGCAAACUUUCAGAAUGUCCACAAACAAUAUUUUUGAAUAAAGUGCCAUAUACAGUACUGUGCACAGGUUUUAGGCACCUAAACACAUUAUUUACAUUAAUAUACAUUACCAAUAAACAUUUGUACAGCAAAAACUGCAGAUCACAUAAGAACAGAUACAAAAAAAAUAUUUAAUUAAAGUAGAAGUUAAAAAAAAUGUUUAUUUUUCCUGGAUGUCCCAAGCCUGUGCCCCAGCGAGUGUGUUAAAUUCCAUCAGCAGGUGCAGACAAGAUGUUUUAAUGAACACACUGAUAUAAAAAUUACAACUUUUGUAGGAAUAUUAUUUUUAUUUAUUCUAGUAUUGGGGUAAAGAAGCAUUUAUUGUUCAGAUAAGAGCUUUUUCAUUUAAAUAUUUACAGAUGUCUAAAGCUUUAGCACAGUACUGUAACUUUAAAAAUGAAAUUAUAUGGAUAUGUAUGUAUUUUUCUUUUACUUACUGUUGGAACUACAGACAGUUUUGGGAAAAAUUCCACAUGUGAAUGUUUGGAAUUAAUGUCUACAUGCAUUUAAGCAUUAAUAAUGAAUGUAAUAAUUAGAUGCAAUUUGGAGCAUGGAAUAUACCCUUUUCCCCCACUUCCAACACUUGAUCGUUUGACCUUCAGAUGCAUGAAAACAAUUGAUUAAUUAGAUUACACCCUUUCUAUUGAAAUUGCUUGGUAAAUAAAAAUAAAUAUUGAAUGCAUGAAUGCA